AUGCAGCAAAGAGAGGAGACCUCACUGGCUCGGAUAAAGGCAGCGGCUAACGCACGAGAAACCCAUAUUAAUAAGAUGCAGGAUCGGAAAAGAGAUGCCGUUGUCUUGGUGCUGGAUUUCCUGAGAGCGGAGGGCUAUGUCACAGCGUUGGCCAACCUAGAGGGAGAAACCGGGAUAAGCCUAUCAAAAUAUCAGGUCUGUGAUAAUGUUGAUCUUCUGCACGUUGUACAGGAGUAUCAAGAGUACUUUAGCUAUAAAUAUGAUAAAGAAGCCAGAAUAGUCAAAAAGGCAAGUGGUGAGCAAUCCGGGCCGCAAAAGGCACCACCUCGACAAAAGCAAGUAGCGCCCCCGGCCAUCCCCAAGCAGCUUUCAUCUGUUCCAUCAGAUGACCAAAAGGUGUCCAAGCAGCCCGAUCCGCGUACUAAUCAAGGAAGCAUGCCGCGUCAGCUACAAGUAAAAGAAGAUACAGAGCAAAGCAAGAGUACAGAGCAAGCAUUUCUUAAUAUCAAUGGGGCGAAAAUACCAUAUAAAAAGAAACCUGCCACGCCAAAGGCCCAGUCUGUUGUUCAAACCCCGUCAUCGAACGAAGCACCUGCCCAGGCAUACUCAAUAAAGAAAUCAGCGUCUUCAUCUAACAUCCCAGACGAUCAGUAUUCUCUUCCAUUCCAACCUGUAAAAAAGGCCGCACCCGUAGCCCAGCCAGACACUUACCGGUCAAACUUGAUUGCAAAUGGCUCUCUGAAUGAUGGUGGGCUUGCAUCGCUGUUUAAUCUUAUCAAGAUGGAAAUAUUGACAGAGUCACCUAAUGUACGCUUCAGCGAUAUCAUCGGCCUCUCAGCAGCCAAAAAGAUUCUGAGAGAAUCAGUGAUACUUCCAAGACGAUACCCGCAUUUGUUCGAAGGCGGAAAUGGCCAGGGAUCUUUGGCAUGGAAGGGGCUUCUAGUUUAUGGCAGCCCAGGGUCGGGAAAGACGUGCCUUGCAAAGGCGCUGGCCACAGAAAGCAGAAGCGUCUUCUUCUGCGUUUCUAGCGCGACGCUUACCAGCAAAUACCAUGGAGAAAGUGAAAAACUUGUGCGAUGUUUAUUCAUCAUGGCGCGCCAGUAUGAGAGUGCGGUGAUCUUCUUUGACGAGGUGGACAGUAUACUAUCCAGCAGAACGGCUGAUGGAGAGCACGAAGCUAGCAGGAGAAUGAAGUCAGAGAUGUUGCAGCAGAUUGAUGGGCUGUCGAGUUACAUCGACUCUAGUAGUAGGAUAUUUGUCCUAUGCGCCACCAACUUCCCCUGGGAGAUCGACCAGGCCAUGCUUCGCAGACUCGAAAAGCGCAUCUUUAUCGAAUUGCCAGGAUUUAUCAGUAGAAUAGUAAUGAUAAGGAAGUUUUUGGGAGACAAGUUGCGAUAUGAGGAUGCCAAUUCAGUUUGCGGCGCCGAAGACUUUUGUUGCUAUGAUGAGUAUGUAAAAAAGGUGUCCGAAAUAUCACAUAAUAAGGAGGAUGUCCUUUCAGAGCAGUUCUUCACAGAGACCCUGAACAGACUCCAGCAGAUCGGUCUCAAAUACCUGGUUACUAUUUCUGUGCUAACUUCGUGCUUCUCUGGCGCUGAUCUGCAUAUUCUUUGCACAGAAGCAUGUAUGACUAAAAUUCGUGAGGUGCUCGAUGUCUUAGAGAAAGACUUUGCGGAAGACCAAAUUACUGAUGUAGAUUUUAAAGAGAGCAAUCCAGAAGUGAUAGAUAAGUACCUCAACACUGUGCUUCCAAGAGAUCAAAGCCCACUUGAUUUAAAAGAGCUUGAGCACGAGGAAAUUAGACAGGAGUGUCUUGAGGAUCAAAAGCUGGAUCUCUCUGUAGGAUAUACAGAGCUCACAAAGGCUCUUAUGGUGACAAAGCCAAGCUUUCAUCCCCCAGAUCUUCAAAAAUACAUCGAUUGGGGGGCUGCAUUUGGUUCGGGAUAG